GCUCGCCUCUCUGCCCAGCGUCCAGCUCGCCCAGCUCUCCCAGCGUCCGCCACGCCUCAGCCAAGGCUUCAACAGACCACACCAAAAUGCCAUCUCAAAUGGAACACGCCAUGGAAACCAUGAUGUUUACAUUUCACAAAUUCGCUGGGGAUAAAGGCUACUUAACAAAGGAGGACCUGAGAGUACUCAUGGAAAAGGAGUUCCCUGGAUUUUUGGAAAAUCAAAAAGACCCUCUGGCUGUGGACAAAAUAAUGAGGGACCUGGACCAGUGCAGAGAUGGCAAAGUGGGCUUCCAGAGCUUCUUUUUCCUAAGUGCGGGCCUCAGCAUUGCAUGCCAUGACUAUUUUGUAGUACACAUGAAGCAGAAGGGAAAGAAGUAGGCAGAAAUGAGCAAUUCCCUCCUUCCUGAUAAGAGUUGUCCCAAAGGGUCGCUUAAGGAAUCUGCCCCACAGCUUCCCCCACAGAAGGAUUCCAUGAGCAGAUCAGGAACCUUAGCAAAUGCAAGA